AUGGGUAAAAUUAUAAAUCUAUGUGUUUUGGGAGCUUCUUAUACAGGAAAAACAUGUGUUAUUAAUACAUUUUUAAAUUCAUAUUUUGAUGAAGAAUAUUAUCCAACUAUCGAAAAUAAAUCAAGUAAAAUAUUUUUAUAUGAUAAAAUUUUAUAUAAUUUAAAUAUAUAUGAUACUGCUGGUUUAAAUGAAUUUAAUAAUUUACAAUUAAUUUCAGAUUCAAUAAAAAAGUGUGAUGGAUUUAUUAUAGUUUAUUCAUUAAAUAAUAGAGAAUCAAUUGAUAAAAUUGAUUAUUAUAAAGAUAUAAUUAAACAAUUUAAAUUUAAAGAUUGUCCAACGAUUUUAGUAGCAAAUAAAAUGGAUUUGGUCGAUGAAAUUGUAAUUAGUAAAACUGAAUCAUCAGAUUUAUCAUCAUAUUAUAAAUGUCCAAUGGUAGAAUCAAGUUGUAAAAAUUUAAAUUCAAUAGUUUCAGUAUUCAAUUUAAUUUUGGAAGAAAUUAAUAAAUCAUAUUUAGAAAUUGAAAAACAAGAAGUUCAAAAUAGAAAACUAUUACUUAAAAAAACAAAAACAGAAUAUCAUUUACAACCAAGUUUAAAGAAAACAAAAAGUGAAUUUUGUUUACAAAAGAAAAAAACAUUUGUUUCAUUUUUUAAAAAUACAUUUAAAGAUAUUGUUUCGAAAUAA